UUGUUAUAUCACGGUUGAAUCACAGUUCCGCAAUAGCAGUGAUGUAGUGUAAAUGCAGUGUUGAAGAUUCUUGUGGUGUAUGAUUGUCAGUGCGUUGCUACAUUGGACAGAAGAUGGAGGCCGAACUACCAGAGCUUCUGUUUUUCGACACGUUUUCCCACGACACAUACGAGCAAAAUUUGGAUCUGGUGCAGUUUCCAAAACCGGUCUAUAUUACGGAGGUGCGCAUCAUACCGCUUGGGGCACGAGUUCAUGCCGACUUUCCGGGCGGUGUUCGACUGGGCGCUACAAAUCCAUCCAACUUCCACAUUCAGCUGUAUGUGAACGAUCUGGGGAAACCGGGUGCUCCGAUUUUCGAGAGCCUUGGUGAGCUGGAAUACAAUCAGAACAACUGCAUCCAUCUGCAAUGUAGCGGCGGGGCUACGGGAACGAACGAGGAGUUUGUGCGACGCAUCCCAACGGAUGGGUUGGUGCUGAAGGGCUGGUAUACGACGAUGACGCUUGCUGUAUACGGCAUCCUAACGACCAGCAUCGCUGAACCGAUUGUGUCACCGCGCGAAACAACGCCCCAGCCAAACGAGCAGCUGCUCGUUGUGCCGGACCAUCACCAUCAUCAGCAUUUAUUGCAUCAUCAUCACCAUCUGCACCAUCAUGGUGGAGGUGGCGGUGGCAUUGCGGAACCGUCGUGUGGGGGUGGCGAUUGGAUACAGGAACCGCCGCUACCCGGUCUGGUGACGACACACCCGUCGGAGACGGUGUUUGUGCAGAAAGAAUAUCCAGAGGAUGACAGUGAGGACGCACCGAAGGAUCCGCGUCCGUAUGCGAGACGGGCGGCGGCUGCAGCAGCCGCUGUAAUUACCCAUCCACUGCCGUCGAGUGCUGCGAGUCCACCGGAACCGAUCUACGAACCGCUGGAAGCGGGCAAGAUUCUGCCGGGUGAAUGUGAACCACCGUUGCCGGAUAAGCGCUCCAAGGCGUGUAUACCAUCGAGCCGGCCGGUUGAGCCUGCGGUUCCACCGUAUCCUUACGAACGGUCACCCCGUACACGACGCCACAGUAGCCGGGAGGAGUUUUCUUCCCGCUCGCCGAGCCUGUGCAAGGACUAUGGUCCUAUGUCAGCGAGCGGCGGCGGUAGUGUGGGUGCUGGUGGUACCGGUGGAGGAAGCAAACAGCGCGAACAGUGGUCGCGCAGCCCGGACUAUGCCGAACAGCAGGCAGCAGCACCUCCACCGUCCCAUCCACCACUCCCACCACCGGCAUCCUCCUCCUCAUCGUCCUCCGUUGCGCAUCGAUCAUCGCGGCGAUUGCGAAGCGGUUCGUUCGAACGACCCCGUCGCGAAUCAUCAUUCGAGCGGAUGGAGAAGGAAGACCGACGACCCCGGCCCCGAUCACCGAUCGAUUCACCGAGGAGGCCACGGUCACCCGAUCGGAACGAAUCGUCACCGGACGAGGAGGAGGAAGUAGUAGACGACGUGGAGGACGUGGAUGAUGAUCUCGACGACGAUAUCGAGAUGGACGGUAGCUUCCAUCGCACGAACGGGAAAUAUGGUGGGAAGCGCAGUAUGCCUAUGAUGGAACCAGCGAUUGACACGGUUCGGCAACAACAACCACAAUCCACGAAGCAGCAUGCAUCUUCCAGCCGCAGUUCGUCGCAACAUCAGCAUCAUCAUCAGCACUCGCAACAUCAUUAUCAUCAUGGGCAUACGCAUCAACACCAUUCGAGCGUACAUCAGUUACCGUCCCACCAUCAUCACCAUGCGCAACAACAACAACAACCCCAACAAGACCGUGUUAUGUCACCACCACCACCACAGGUGCAUGUUCCGUCCGCGUGUGACACGGUAUCUGUUGCCUUAACACCGGUCGCAUCCCCAACAACGAUGCUGAUAGCACCGGCAGCAGCCAACCUGCCGGACGAGGACGCGAUCUCCGUGACGGAACAGUUCGAGCCGAUUCUGAGUGAUGAAGAAAUACCGGAAGACUUCGAUUACGAGCAGGACAGUGGGGCAACAGCGACAGGAGGGCCUCCCAGCGGAGGAGGUUACGAGCAGGUCGAUGAAGCUGUCCACAAACAGUUUGAUCCGUUCUCGAUUACACUGGAACGUUACGUUCACCCCGGUUCGACCGGUGACGAACCCGAUCUGGUCCGUCAGUUGGGCCACGGCGAACAGAAGCUGUUGCGUCAACUCGAGCAAUUGCUCGGACAGGGCCGAUAUGCUCGUGAUGCGACCGUUUCGUUCGAGCAGGAAAGUGCCGAAUGGAAGGAACGUUUCGUGGACUAUGCGGAACAGUUGGUGCACGUGCUAGGACAACUGUUGGCGAAGGAUGACGUGCGGGACGCGUUUCAGCAGCAGCUCGAACGCUGGAUAAAGGCCGAAUGGGCAGGCGUUACGGAUGGGCUCGUGAAUUGCGUCUGCGUUGGUUUGGAUUUCGAGCGAGCAAUGGUCCAACCGCAACCGGCUUUUAAGCUGCGCCACAUGAAGAGUGGCAUCCGGUUGGCAGAAUUUCUCGGCCCACACGAACUAUUUAUCGGGCUGCUGCUGCACACGCACGACCAUUUCAAUCUGUUCGAUCGGCUGCUUGGUCUCUACUCGCAGCCACACAUGGCGCUCUCGAUCAAGCUGAUGAUAAUCCGCACCAUCUACGCGUGUUUGGAUACACGCAGCGCUGUGCAUUACUUUCUCUCGCCUUCGUACAACGGUUAUCAGAUAUUACUCGAUCUGCUGCAGGAGAAUCCAUCGACGCGUAUUAGCUUUGCGCUCAAGUCGCUGUUGCGCAAGAUUUCGCUGUACGAAAACCUCGAGCUGAUCCACAGUACGGUUGAGGAGCUGUACGUACGGGGCGGGGAGGGUCAGCGCGAAAUACAGACAAAGGAACGUCAAAUUCGGACGGACGAGGAGCUGCUGGAACUGUUGCGCAGCGCUUUGACCGAGCUGACGAGUGCGAUCUCAUUGCACGAGGUGUCGCUUGCCCAACCGAAACGCUUUCUGCCGGUGUCGGCAAAGUUUGAGAUACACAAGGACAUUGCGUCUUCGCUGAACGUCAGUCGAACGGUGGUCCAGUUCUUCAAGAUACAUCGGCUGGUGGAGUCGAUGGUGCUGCUGCUCGAUAUGCGCAUCACACCGCCGGCACUGUGCGAGCUGGUUUACAACCUGCUCGCUUGUAUGCUGAAGAGCAUGCCGAAGCUGCACUACCUGGUGGAUUGCUUACCGUACACGAAUCUGCUGCUAAGGUGGCUUUUCCAUCGGUUGCCCCCGGCCCUGAAUGGAGGAUAUGACGAAAGUACCACGCAGCUGCUGGUGUUGUCGGAGGAAAUGUCUAUUGGUGAACUGUCCCGACCACAACUGCUGGGCGUGGAGUUGGUCUAUAAGCUGCAGACCAUCUAUCACCUGGACGCAAUCGCCAGUACGAGCGUGGUGCGUGGUGGAGAUGUUCCAUCCACUUCCCGGAACGCUGAUGAAAUCGAGCAGGAGCGCGACCGUUUGGUGGAAAAUCUGCACGACCUGUACGAGCUGUCGUGUGGUCCCGGGAGACGCUUCGUCGUGGAGGUACUGUCGAUGGACGAUAAUUUGGCCGUGCUACUCGAGCUGGUCGAAAAAGAGCAGCGUGUCGUAUCGAAGGAAGACAGUUCCGGCAGUAUCUUUACUGCUGCUGCUACCAAGCACAAAUCCCCGAUCGUCGGUUACUGCGUGGAUUUGGUGGAUUGUACCGUACGGCACGGUGAAGCGGUUGGCUAUCUUGCCCAGCAUGGACCGGCGCUUCUGUCGUUGGUGAAACAACCGGAACAGUUUGAGCCGGGUUUGAGUGCGACACUGCAGGAACUGGCCGUGUAUCUGAAACCGCUCGAACUGCACGAUCUGUUCGCGUACAUCGAUAUCGGUCCGCUGGUGGAACUGAUGCGUCGUAGCUUGGAGUACGUAACGGCAUUUCCCGGCGAUCUUAUUACGGCGCUCCGAUUGGUUCGGCUGCUUGGCAUACCACCGUACGACGACUACGAGCAACCGGGUGGUCACGCCGAGUUCAAGUACAAAUACACGCUGCUACAAUUCUACUCGGCCGACGGGCAGGCCCUGCUGCUGGCCAUUCUGGACAAGCUGACGCAUCACUUCGAUCAACCCGCGAUACACACGUCCAGUUUGGCGAGUCAACAGGGCGUCCUGCUUACGCAACUACUCUGUCCGCUCGUUUACAUCCUGCGCAAGCUCGUGACAUACCUGAUCGAGUGUCGCAACACGGAGUUCCGCGACCUGACGCUAAUUGAACCGCUGCUACGCACAUACACGCUUAUGCAGUGCGUACCGAUACACUCCGCGGCCGGACCGGACGCACGACAGGUACAGAAGGAGGUGGUACGGAUACUGCUUGCCUACACGCAACCCACACCACCCGAAGGGCUCGACACGAACAACGUACACCGCAGCCUGUGGACGCAGAUGGUGGGAGAGCUGGUACGGUUUACGCUCGCCGGGCCGAAUUAUUUCCUGCCCGGGUUGCUGGUGCUGUCGGAGUUGCUACCACUGCCGCUGCCCAUCCACUGCCGCCAACCAUUGCUGUCAACCGAGCUCAGCCGGCUCAUCCAGGAGCGACAGCUCUGGUCAGCCCACCUACACCCCCAGAGCCCGGCCAUUGGCGAACUGAUCCAAUCGCUCUGUACCUCGAGCUACACGCCCAUGCUGGCCGUGCUCAGCCGCGUGUGUCUGCAGCUGUCCGACCUGGCCCCAAACAUGACGCUGCUCAUCUCGAAGUCACUAGCCGACCUGAUCGUGCAAGAGCAGCUGUUGCCGUGUGGGUUGGCCAGCACGAGCCACGCACGGUUGGUAAGCUUCCUAGCUACGCUGGUGUGCCAUGCGUCGGUAAAGAUAUCCGUACUGUCCAUACUGCCGGGACGCAUCAUGGACAUACUGAUGGGUGUGUUGCUUAAUCCGGGCCAAACGCCGGCCCAUCAGCAAACGCAACAGCACAUCUACCUCAUGUUCCAAAGCCUGUUCGACGCAGAGAUUGCGCUCAUGUUCGGUGACACGAUCGAUCCGGCGUUGCAAUUAGCCUGUUCGCUGCCGCCGAAAGACAUCAUCGAAUCGUUCUGUGCUGCGUGUACUGUUAACGUAUCCUGCGUAGACAUCGGACUGGGUGUGCUAAUAGCAGGACUGCGCACAAUGUUGUUGUUAACCGAGCACGACACCACAUACGUCAUACUGAUGUCAAAUAUGAUGCGCAAACGGGAAGGAUGGUGUGCGGUGUUGCAAAAAUUUGUACGCAAAGCAAAGGAAAGCACGGACACGUACAGGGCACUGUUUGCCCUGUUGAGUGACUUCUGGCGCUCGCUUGUCACGUUAGAGAACGACGGUUGCGUGAACUUGCCGAAGCGUACCGUGAAGCUCCCGCUGGAACAGCUCGGCCAAUUGAUGUUGCUGUACGAGGAAGGUGAUGAGGAUGCAUUACAAGUAAUGCUUUCUUUUCUUGAAGAGUUGAUGGGACUGUUUAAGAGCGAAGAAAUCACCGAUAGCAAGGAAUCACCGACCGAGUUAAAUGAUUCCUCGGCUGCGAUGGAUACUACUGUACCGGCACAAACAAAAACAACGGACAGUUUGUGCGAUAACCUUACCUUCCUGCACACGCAAGUGAAGGUGGAAAUAUCCAACGCUAAGUUGGCCCAGGGCAAGGUAGUUACAACGCCAGUCGACUGGAGUGCGGUUAGCGUCGAUCCAUUGCCGCAAGCCGAAGGUAUCGUAACGCAGUAUGGUUCGCGCAGCGUUUACCUACUGAGUGAACAUUGCGACGAUCAGCUGAAGGCAACAGAUUGGUUUGGGUUCACACCAUGCGACGACGAUUUGGAACGGGAGCAGAUCCCUUGCGAUCUGCAAGAUCUAGCGAAGGUUUGCCUGUCGGGUGACACAAACCUUACAGCGGAUUGCAAACGUUUGCUGCAUCUGUCCGCGUCACCACACUCAAACCGUGACCGAUUGACGACCGCACCAUGCUUCCGGACACGUCGCGUCGAAGUCGAACCCAGCACUGGACGGCCAGAAAAGAAAAUUUUCGCAACACCGUUGCGUGGACGAGGCUUUUCGCGCACUCCCACCACCCGUGGCGAUCUAUUUCGCUCGCGUCCACCCAAUACUUCCAGGCCACCCUCGCUGCAUGUGGAUGAUUUCCUUGCACUCGAAACGUGCGGUGCACAACCUACCGGACCAACCGGGUACAAUAAGCUAUCGCGCGACAUCAUCACAAUCCGCGGAACGAACCGAAGCCGUGGACGCAACUUUCCCGACCGGGGUGCGCGCUCGGGCGGUGGUGGUGGCGGAGCUGGAGGAGGAAACUCGAACGGCAGUGGUGGAUCCGGUGGCAACGGUGGCCACUGGCAAAGUGUGUCCAGUGGUAAUAGUGGCGGUAAUGGUGGAGGUGUUGGAGGCGGAUCCAGCUGUUGGUCAUCGUCCGGUUCAUCGCAGAUGCACGAUGGUGGUGGCGGUGGUGGUAACGGUCCAGGCAGUGGCAAACACUUUGGCCAUGGGCUGUCUGGUGGAGGAGGUGGAGUUGGUCCCGGCGGCAGCGGUGGCAGUAGUGGUGGUGGCGGCAGCAGCAGCGGUCACUACCGAGACCCGCCAAGCCAUUUUGGUGGCUCGCAACGAUCCCGUUCCGGUCGUGGCUUUAACCGGUACAACGUGCGGGCGUAUGCACGACAGAUCUAAAUUGCAACGACACUGGUGAGCUGUUGAGCUGAAUGAUUUAUUGAUAUGGUUGCGCAAAGGUAAAGACGAUACAUUGCUAUCAAGGUUAACACCAAGGUUAGGAUUAGGGAUAUAAGGAUAUGCAAGGUUGCUAUUUCCUUGCUGCUUUGUUUAAGCUGUAUUGCAUGACGCAUGGUUGUGAGAUAGAACUCCAGAUAACUAACAUUUGCCAGCUUCAACGCUGCAUUAUUGGAAAAUUCUUUUCGAUCCUUCCGACGGAACAUCUCGUUCAAUCUGGGUUAAAAUUUUCAAUUAAAUUACCUACUUUUUCUAUUGGUGGUUGAUUUGGAUUAGUGUUGUGCUUCAUAACAUUUGACAUGUUGCCGUUCGGAUAGACUCAGAAUUCGAGACCAUGGGACCUCCUUGUAUGCAACUAUGAUAAAUAAUCAAUUAUAGGAGAACGCUGUAAGGCCUUUGUUGUGAUUUCAACAUUGACUGACGCUUCUUCUUGUUGGGCUCCAUUUGAAUUGAGCAUCUGUAAGUUCUGUAAAUUCCUUCAAAAACUUGGGGCUCUCGACUUCUAUUGGAUUCUUAUGGAAUUGCAUUUUAAUCAGGAGAAUCAUUUGUGAAAAUGGAUCGUCCAAUUGAUUGCACGCAUGCUUUAUAUUAGUACUUUACACUAGUACUAGUACUAGUACUUUAUAUUAGUUUAUAUUAAAGAGUGGCAACACUUUCAUUCGAUUUGUUGUCUAUUUGAGGUGGUCAGCCGGGAUCGCUUCUGAAGGCAUGUUCUUUUAUUUUUCCCUUCUGCUUUAGAAAAGUACCCUAUCCAUCCAUCGUAUAACAGCUCAUUGAACGUCAGUUUUUGCUAAUGAUCCGGCCGUACUGUAUAGCAGCGAGCCAAGUAAACAUAUAGCAAUAGAUGGUAAGGAAGAUCGCCUAUACGAUCUUAGAUAAGUCUUGCUUAGUUUUAAAACAAAGAUGGAUAGGGUACAAUCCAUGUGCAGUCCCUUUGCUACUCCAAUGCAUUAAAAACGUGGCGGCGUCUAUAAUACAGCGAGAGGCAUGGAUUUCGGGUUUUCGAUAAUCAGAAGUAGGGAAGGGUGUGAACUAUGCGCUGAAGAUGCGAGAUGCGAGAUGCGAUCAGAAUAACAUUAAUCAUUGAAUUUCUAUAACAUAAUUAAUUAGAAGUUUAGAUUUACGUGUACGCUCUAAUAAUGCAUUCUGUUUUAAUACUGCUUUCCGAAAUUUUUGUCCGAAAUUAAUCGUAAAGACGCUUUACUAACUGGAAGUAACUAACACAGAAAAUUAAUGCUUUGGGUCCGGCUUUGGGUCUGUGUCUUCUAUUUUAUUCUUUAAUAUAAGUUGGAAACCAACCAUGCGUAAACAGAAAGGUAUAUUUGCUAUUGUUUCGGUUCAAUUGUACAGUCUCGAACAGCGUAAACAGAUCGCAAUAGAACAUAUGCUGUACCAUAAAGCUUACAUAACAUUCUGUUUAGUUUUACAGGUGAUUUUAUACGUUACUCGUCUGUAACGCAUGUUUUGUUAAUUUUAUUAGCGUUUAACAUAUCUCUUCUAUACGAUUUGGACUACCUUCAAUCAAAUUUUAAUUUCAUCGAGAACAGUCAGGCCUGGUUUCACAAUGGAACUUAAUUUUGGAUCUAAUUACGAUAAAGUUGUUGGCAAUUGUUUUGGACAUUCACUUAUUUUUGGACUAUGAGGACAAAUUGAAAAUAUUUUUUUCACGUAUUUUAAAACAUGGCCUACUUGAACGUAGACGCGUAACGCGUCUAAUUGACUGCACCCAUGUUAUGUAUGGGUUCAUGUUAUGUAUUAACAAUUUUUUAGUUCUUCUUCACAAAAUUACCCUAUCCACCCGAUUAUGCAAUGCGAAUAUUCAAAACACGUAACAAAUGCUGAUGUUCCGGCCGUAUUGUACAGUGGCGAGCCGGGUAGGCAUUGAGCAAUAGGAGGUAAGGAGGAUCGUUUACACGAUCUUAGAUAAGUCUUCUUUAGUUUUAGAACAAGGAUGGAUAGGGUCCGAUCCAUUUCGGCUCCUUUUCGGCGCCAUGCACUUGGCGUUUCUAGAAUACAGCGAGAAGGAUGGAUUUAGGUUUUCGACCAACAGAUUUAAAGAAGACACUUAUUUCUUUUAGCUACAUAGGCCUAUGUAUUGGAAUGAACAUUUUUUUAAAAUCAGCUUUUGGAAAUUAGUCGUAAAUAGACUAAUUGCCUAGUGGCCUGACUGCAAUUGCAAUGUAAUCUUCAUCCUUUAAAAUUCUAUGUUAUUUGUGUACAUACUUAUGUCAUUUCUUUUGUAAUUAAAAGCGUUAGCUCUUAUGUUCUGUAUUAUGUUGUCUUUAAACCAAAAAUAACUUCAACUAGCUUAAUUGCUUUUAAGUCGGUUUAGAUGUACAGUGCCAGAUCAGAUAGACACAUAUAGCAAUAGAAGAUAAGGCUAUGUAACUCUCAGUCGGUUAAAUUUCGACGUUAACUUUUUUUUUUUAUUUUCCCGUCUUCUAUUCAAAAUUACCCUAUUCAUCUGCAGUCAUAAUCAUUACAAUCACCAUCUUUUUUGCUAAUGUUCCGGCCGUAUUGUACAGUGGCGAGCCGGGUAGACAGAUGGCAAUAGGAGGUAAGGAGGAUCGUUUACACGAUCUUAGAUAAGUCUUCUUUAGUUUUAGAAAGAUGAAUAGGGUCCGAUCCGUUGUGGCUCCCUUUCUGCGCCAUGCACUUGAAGCAAGGCGUCUCUAGAAUACAGCGAGAAGGAUGGAUUUAGGUUUUCGGUCACCAGAUUUAAAGAAGACACUACUUUCCUUUACUUAUCUAUACCUUAAAAGCACUUUCCUGUUCUAGCUAUAUUGUAUUUCCUUGUAAUUUUUCCCUUGGUGCAUGUCCUCUUUUGUUCUUAAUUACUGUUUUCGUUUUUUAAGUUUUGGUUGUACUUGUAAACAAAUUCGCGACCACAGUAUAUUUUCAAUUUAAUAUAGUGUAGGCUCAGAUGUACAAUGUUGUACCAUGUAAAUAUGUAUUAGCAACAAGAAAUGAUUCAAAUAACGCAACGCUAGAUAAGUCCUUUUAGAUAGCAGAAACGAUUGUACAGUUUACUUCUUCGUUAAUGCCAUGCUAGCUAGUUGAUCCUAAUGCAGCCUCUUCCGAGACUCCUAAUUCUUCUUAGGACUUCUUACAUUGUUUAUACUUUUCGUUUCAUAUCUCAGGGAGUGGGAAUGCUCUAAUCCAAGAAUGCUAUAAGUAUUGAAUUAUAAAUUAUUAUGAACUCCAUGAACUUCGGAUGAAUUCACAUGAUCUCUUUUCAAACAAUUGUCUUAUCAACACUAGGAAUCAGUUCAAAAUGAUAGAGCCAACAUAGAUCAGCUUCUUCAAAUAUAAGAUUUUGGAGUAUAGUGGGGAUCCUUCGAAGAAUUCGCAUUCGCUCGAAGUUUUUUCCUGUUAGGAAUAAGUUUAAAAUUUUAGAAGAAUUUGCGACCUUCUUCUGCAAAUACUGAGCAUUUGUGAACUGCGAAAAUCCUUUGUAGACUUCGCACUCCCGACCUCUUGUCUUCUUUACAAAAUUAACCCUAUCGAUCCGAUUUUUUUGAAUGAUUUUUGUUUUUUGCUAAUGUUCCGGCCGUAUUGUACAGUGGCGAGCCGGGUAGACAGAUGGCAAUAGGAGGUAAGGAGGAUCGUUUACACGAUCUUAGAUAAGUCUUCUUUAGUUUUAGAACAAGGAUGGAUAGGGUCCGAUCCAUUGCGGCUCCUUUUCAGCGCCAUGCACUUGAAGCAUGGCGUCUCUAGAAUACAGCGAGAAGGAUGGAAUUAGGCUUUCGACUACCAGAUUUAAAGAACACACUAUUUUCUCUUGCUACACUAUUUAACUUUUCCUUGCUUGGCUGUGUUCUGGUAUCAACAUACGGUUUUAGAUAAGGCGCUUUUGACUAAACAUUAAUUUAAGUUGAAUAGGAUCGAAAUCCUUCCCAUUUGAGCGUUAAAUACUCCAUGUAUUAGCGAUCCAAGCCCAGUUCCCAUGGUCUUGAAUUGAUCUAUUUGAUUAAAUUCAUCCACAGUCUAUAUAAUCUCAUUUGAAAUGGCAAAAGUAGCUAAAACUGGACAACAUGGAAGACCUGCUUAAAACAAGCACAGUGAGUAAUAGCGAAGCAAUAUUCAAACAAAUGAAUCAAAGAUAGAAGCAGCGCAUACCAUUCAAUAACCAUAACAGUCAACAGUCACAUCGAAGACGUUGGCAAAAAGGUCGGAUCGUUAUUGUUACGGACAAAAUGUUCGAACAUAAAGCUCGGUAGUAGAUUGUUGCGGUUUUAUCAUUAAGAAAAGGAAAACUGUCACCAUAUUUUUAUGUUUGUGUUGGUCAAACCUUAUGUUUGUCCUGUAGUAGUAUCGUCACGUUAAUGCAUUAUAUAGUAUUUACUGCAUGUUUCACAGAUCAAACAUCAAAAUGUCGCGUAAAGAUAAUCUUAUGAAUACCAGCAGUGACUGGUUGUUAAAUGUAAGAAUGAAGUUGUCUCACGUAGUAUGUCAAAAUUUAUCUAACAUUGUGCUUUGCAAUCAUUAUGGUAUUUAUUGGCAAUGAAUUCUGUUUGUCUUGUUCAAUGCAUCGUUUCUCGAAUAAUAGUUUUUCCAGGAAUAAAAAACAAACUACGAUGAGGUCAAAACACUUCAAAUUUAUGUAAGUGAAUAUGAAGAGAAUAUGAAAUAUGAUACAGAUUAAAUGUUUUGCAGUCGAAAGGAAGAAUUAACUAAAACGUAACAGAACUUCUAUGAAAAACAACAGAACUUUUUAAACAAUAACAGAACUUCUAUGAAAAUUAUGCACAACAGUAAAGUAACAUUGAAAAAAAAAAAUCAUUAAACUGCGUAAAAGAAAUUCAGAAGUUUGCAAGUACACAA